CUGAAAGAAAUUGCUUCGUGGUAAACAAUUAACAAUCUCUGUGUCUGUGAACUUUUCUUGCAAACAAGAAAAAAAUUGUGAAAGCAAAGUAAUCAAGCUCAAACUUUUGAGCAUAAUAUAAAUACAUUAGUAUUGAUAGUAUUGACCAAUUGAAAGCGUCAGUGUUAAAUAUUUGUUGAAGUAUUACUUGAAAUGUUUAGUAUCAGUGAACUGUGCUGUAUGUUUUGCUGUCCGCCAUGUCCAGGCCCAAUUGCAGCUAAAUUAGCAUUUCAACCACCAGAGCCCACAUAUAAAUUGACACCGUCUGACGACACGAAUGUGAAAUAUAACUUGCAUUUGUUUGAUCGCGCAGAAUGGCAGUAUUCGGAGAGGGAUAAAUCAAAAGUUGAAUCUUUCUUUACAAGGACGUCGAGAGGCAAUUUAAUUACAUGUGUCUAUGUUCGAUGUAGCAGGAAUGCGAAGUACACACUUCUCUUUUCUCAUGGAAAUGCAGUUGAUCUGGGACAAAUGAGUAGUUUUUAUAUAUCGCUCGGUACACAACUCAAUUGCAAUAUUUUUGGUUAUGAUUAUUCUGGUUAUGGAAUGAGCGGGGGAAAACCUUCGGAAAAAAAUUUAUAUGCUGACAUCGAGGCUGCUUGGCAGGCUCUAAGGAACAGAUUUAAUAUCAGCCCCGAAACUAUUAUUUUAUAUGGACAAAGUAUUGGUACAGUGCCAACAGUUGACUUAGCAACAAAGCAUGAAGUUGGUGCAGUUAUUCUACAUUCUCCUCUAAUGUCCGGAUUGAGAGUCGUUUUUCGUAAUACAAAGCGGACUUGGUUUUUUGAUGCAUUUCCAAGUAUUGAUAAGGUUUCCAAAGUAAAAUCUCCAGUUUUAGUCAUACAUGGAACUGAUGACGAGGUUAUAGAUUUUUCUCACGGAAUCGGAAUUUACGAGCGUUGUCCAAAAGCUGUGGAACCCUUGUGGGUGGAGGGAGCUGGCCACAACGACGUGGAAUUACAUUCGCAAUAUUUUGAACGGCUAAAAAAGUUUUUAACUGUGGAGUUGGUUAAAUGACAAUUAAAGAAUCAACUGGACAUUUGUCCAAGUAAUUCAGCGACAGUACAAUCUUCUGUCGAAAUAGCGGUGGCAUCAUCUUUAGUAAAUAAAAAUAACAUAGAGGAACCAAUUAGUAACACUCCAUCGGCCUUAACCGGGCCAGGGAAUAAAUUAAAAGAAGAAAUUGAAGUUUCCACUUCAAGCUCCGUGUCAACCAAAGCUUCGGCUGAAAAAUUUCUCUAGCGAAAAAACAACGGUUCUAAUUCCUUUCUCGAAUGUUAUGCUUAUCGGAAACUUAAUAUUUUAUAUACGUGCAAUAAUAUUUGUUUAUCGGAGAAAGUCAGGAACCUAAAUAAAACGAUAACAGCUUCGUCUUCCCCAGAACAUGUAACACGACACAUCCAUCAAAUUGAAAUUUAUUCUGUGGUAAUUGUGUGGUCGAAAAAACUUUUAAAAGAAUCCCAUGGCUACAACUUUUUAACAAUUUUUCCGGAGCGCUAUAUCAGCUACUUGAAUGUAAUAUAACCGCGUUGAUUUUUUAAUACCAGCACAAGUAAAGUUGAAUACUGUUAUAUUUAAAUCGAAUGUUUUACGAAACUUAAAAAAUGAGUAGCAAAUAUAAAUCAGUGAUCAGUAGCGGAUAUUUAAUAUGUAUGUGUCUUAUUUCAUAUACAUGUGACCGUAAUAUUUAAGUCUGCCUCUCUGUGUUUAACAAGCAACUGAUCUGCUGCAUUUACGCGCACACGGUCAGGAGCGAAUUGUUUGAACGUGAGAGAAUUUCGUACACUGUCCUAAAUCAAUGCUAUCAACACUGCCCGCCAGUCUUCAACGGCAGUUCAAAUUGAAACUUCAGAGUAUGUAGCAUUAUAAUUUUAUUUAUUAAAACAAUAGAAAGCUGCUUUACACUUUGUUUAAAGGUUUAAUGCAGAGGCAAAACGAGAACGAAAUUAAAUAAACUUGUUUAGAUACUUUCCAUUUAAAAAAUAUAUUAUUAUACUUUAAAUCGGUUUAUUGUUUUAGAAAUAUGGUAAAGUUAUUUUAAUUCAAUAUUGUGUAAAAUUUCUAUUAAUAGAAAAUGAACUAUAUAAUCAUACUACUUUUUGAGAAUAAGUUUAAUUAAUGUUAUAUAAAUCUAAAUUAGUUUGUAUGCAUUUAUUUUGAACACAUGUAAUAAACAUGUUGAUUUCUUACCUUA